AUGGAGCAACCCCAGAGUCUUCGAUCUUUAUUCUUGUCAGCGAAAGAAGGCAAGUCUGUGCUGGAAUCAAGGGGUGACACCAACACAGCUGCCUACCGCGAUGAUGUGAAUGCGACAAUCACCAAAUUCAAAGAGUGCCAGCGACAAAUCAGCAUCUUGUCCCUCUUUAGCUCUAAUGAAUCCCUGGACGAUGUUUCGUCUGGUGACCUACAAUAUAUGACCUUGGAAUACCACCUUGCCGAGCUCAUCCAACGAGGCCCCAGCGCUGACCGUGAACCCGUCCUCCAGAAAGCCCUGGAACAAUAUGAGAAAUUCCUGACGCGUCUUGACGAAUAUGAGUUAUUGUCCAAGGAAGAUCGGAAGUUGUUUGAGACAUACAUGGCCAACCCAUCUGCCUUCACAUUGGCACCCGUCAAUGAUGCAGCUACUCGUCGGGAUACUAAAGUGAGGCGCUUUAGGGAAGAGAAAGAACUCAAGCAAAAGCUAGAGUAUUUGGCCCGAAACGAAGCACGACUCCAAAGCGAUAGCGACGCGACCCGGGAGCUCUACCUAUCCGAGCUUCAACUCUAUACACACCAAACCUUCCAGGCACUAGAUCUGUUGGUACAAGAAAUGUCCAUGCUUUCAGCCAUGCGGAAUGCACCCGAACGGGAGCCAUCUCAAGCGCCGCAAAAUGAUGACCGGCAACGCAGUAAUUUAGGAGGUACUAAUUACUCAGAUCGCCUGGAUCCGUCAAUCUCACAAUUGCUUGGAGGAAGGAAUGGUCCCCUAUUGAACAGCAAGGGUAGACCAAUGCAGCCAUUCACCCUGCUCGACCGUCGUUCCCAGCUCCAGCAGGGCGUGUUCCGCUCAGGCCAUAACCUACCAACCAUGACAAUUGAGGAGUACCUUGACGAAGAGCACAAGAGGGGCAACGUUCUUCAGGGAGGUGAACAAUCUGGAGUUAUCGCAGAGAUCGACGAAGAUGAUUUAGAUAAGGCUGACGAGGAGACCAUGAAAGCUCGGGCUUGGGAUGAAUACGUUGAGGCAAAUCCCCGUGGAUCUGGCAACACUCUCAAUCGCGGUUAA